CCUGGCAAAGGCCGUCCCCCGCCGGGGACUCCCCCCGCGAGGGCCCGCCGGAGCCGCGGGGUGGCGGAGGCCGGCGCCGGGCUGUGAGGCGAGGGAGCCGCGGCGGGGCGGCCCCGCGGCCAUGGAGCGGUACGAGAAGCUGGGCAAGGUCGGGGAGGGCUCCUACGGCGUCGUCUUCAAGUGCCGCAACAAGGACACCGGCCAGAUCGUGGCCAUUAAGAAGUUCCUGGAGUCGGAGGAGGACCCGGUGAUCAGGAAGAUCGCCCUGCGGGAGAUCCGCAUGCUGAAGCAACUGAAACACCCCAACCUGGUGAACCUGCUGGAAGUGUUCAGGAGGAAGAGGAGGCUGCAUCUGGUCUUCGAAUACUGCGACCACACCGUCCUCCACGAGCUGGACAAGCACCCCCGGGGGGUGCCGGAGCAUCUAGUGAAGAGCAUAACCUGGCAGACCCUCCAAGCUGUGAACUUCUGCCACAAACACAAUUGCAUCCACCGAGAUGUAAAGCCAGAAAACAUCCUGAUAACAAAGCACUCGGUCAUCAAACUUUGUGACUUUGGAUUUGCUCGCAUCCUGACUGGCCCGAGUGACUAUUACACAGACUACGUGGCUACCAGGUGGUACCGCUCCCCGGAGCUACUUGUGGGGGACACGCAGUACGGCCCCCCCGUGGAUGUGUGGGCCAUAGGCUGUGUCUUCGCAGAGCUGCUCUCCGGGGUGCCCCUGUGGCCUGGCAAGUCUGAUGUUGACCAGCUGUACCUCAUCCGGAGAACCCUGGGGGACCUCAUUCCCAGGCACCAGCAAGUGUUCAGCACCAACCAGUUCUUCAGCGGGGUGAGAAUUCCAGACCCAGAGAGCAUGGAGCCGUUAGAAAUGAAAUUCCCUGGUAUUUCCUACUCUGCUUUAGCUCUCAUGAAGGGGUGCCUUCGGAUGGACCCUGCCGAGAGGCAGACGUGUGAGCAGCUGCUGCAGCAUCCCUAUUUUGACAGCAUCAGGGAGGCAGCGGAUCUGGGGAAAGAACAUGAGAAAACGGCUCGGAAACCAGCGAGGCUGACGCGGAAGCACGUGGCAGGGUUGCAGUACCUGCCUCAGCUGACCAGCAGUAACGUCCUGCCAGCUCUGGACCCCAAGAAGUACUGCUGCAAAACCAGGAAGUCAAACUACCACUUCCCCAACAUCUAACUGGACGGCAGGUUAAAAACUAUUUAUUGCUCAAACUUCAAGUCAUUCCGAAUUUAUAAAAGGAGGAUAUGUGGUGGAAAACUAAAUUAAUACAUGUUAUGAUUCAUACAGAGCACUCUGUAACGUACCCUGGGUCAGUAAUGGAAGGAACGUGAUGCACAGGGAGAACUCCAGGCUCCUGUUAGUCAAUGUUCUGUGUGCGAAGGAAAAAUACACUUGUUUUGCUUCAAUUUGUGAUUGUGGACCGGUUCGUGAUCGAUUGUGUACUGGUUCAGGAUUGCUGCCCCCCAGUAUGUACAGUGUGAAUGUGAAAACUCCUGCCCAUCCAUCCACCUGUAUUUCACCCUUGGCAGAAGAACUACAGCCUUGCCAAAUCCAUCCCGUCCCGCUGUGCCCGGGGAGCGGUGCUGCUUCGGGACGGGGAGAGUCCCCCAGCCCACGAGGAACCCCACACCUUUGUGGAGCCAAACCUGGCGAGAGGUGACCAAACUGCCCAGGUUGGUUCCACACCCGCAGGAACAGCCCUGCUUGAAGCUUUGUCUGUCUCACACCCUGCAUUUAUAGCCCCAAAAGUAUUGGUAUCGAGUUAGACUUCACGGAGGGCCCAACAGGGCAGCCUUACCAGGAGGGGAACACUUUAAUAGGAAAACCCGUUGUUGCUUUAGUCUUUUCAGAGUUUCUCCUGCCCGCUUCUUCCUUUCAUGAUGAGGUUGUUUCUUGCUGUUUCUGUCAAUAGUGGCCUCUUGCCCGUAGUGUUAGAGAAACUGUAUUUCUCAAAAAUAAUUAAUGAAUAUAAUUUAUAACGUUGGCCGGACACAGGCAGGAAUCCUACCUAAGCACGUGUGUUAGAACGAUUCGUGGGUUUUGUGUGAUCUCAGGCUGUAACACUGUGGUGAUUUUUGAAUAAAAGAACUGUAGCUUGUUU